AUGGAUCUGUCCAAGUGUGUGUUAGUCUUGUUGGCGUGCAGUGCGGUCGGCUACGCGUCCACGACGACGAAGGACGACGACAGCCUAGUGGACAGGGGUUUCAGGGCUAUGUACCGGGUGUACGAGGAGUGCCAGCACCGGAACAUGGCCGUGUCGCCUUGCCUGAAGAAGAAGGCGAUCGCGUUCUUCGAGAGACUGGGCAGGAUGCGCGUUCUACCGUUGUCGGAGAACUUCGAACUGAUCAGAACCACCGACGAGGCGCCCAAGGGCUCCACCGCGGACCUGGAGGCCAGCCUCGGCCGGAACGCGGGCAGCAAGGACGAGAUCCUCACCGAGAUCCUGCUGGAUCGCGUCGCCUCGCUGCUCAACAGCUUCAACAUGCAGAUACGUCUGCCGAAAACGAGCCCCGGCGAGCUCAAGAGAGGCAUGGAAGAGGGACGCGGCAAGAUGAAGAAGAUGAUGGGCAUGAUGAUGAUGGGAAUGGCCAUGAAGAUGGCGGCCCUGGUGCCCCUUGCCCUGGGCGUUCUGUUCCUCCUGGCUGGAAAGGCUCUGAUCAUCAGCAAGAUCGCUCUGGUGCUGUCGCUGAUCAUCGGGCUCAAGAAGCUCCUCAGCCAGAAGCAGAGCCACGACCAUGGCGGCUGGCAGCAGGGCGGAGGGGGCUGGGACAGGAGCCUGAAGACCGUUCUUGGGUCCACGGACUCCACCACGACGGAGGCCACGCAAAAGUACGCGCACAGCCUGGCCUACUCGGCGCGACAUCAUCACUGA